AUGCCCAAACGCAAGACGCCGACGGACAGCGAGGCCGCGGAGCGCCAGAAACUCGUGAACCGCUACGUCGGGAAAGAAUUCGACGACGACGACGAGGACGAGGGCGAGCGCAAGGUAGUCGGUAUCGAGAAGGAGGACGGCGAUUGGAUGGCCGUCACGGUGCUCGUCGUCGGCGAGGGCAACGAGCAGCCCUACCUCGUGAACGAGUCGCUCGACGAGAUGAUUGAUGCGCACAAGAAGACGCAGGACAAGGACAACGACUCGGACUUCGAAAGACCGGGGGAGGAAUCGGACGCCGUGUGCGUCGGGCUCGGUCUGUUAGAUUUUGACGAAGUCCCUCCAAGUUCGCCUUAUCGAGAUGCUGAGAAGAUGUUUAGAAACAAGGCGUUCAAGCCCUGGCCGCGCGGUUUUGCGCUCAAAGGGCGGCUUGCUGAGCUCACCCCGGGAGACAAAUUUGUGAAGGAUCGGAUAUGCCGCUCUCCAAGCGCUGUCCAAGCGCCGCCGCGAGGACGAGGACGAAGUCGACGAGGAGGCCGCGGCGCGGCCGCCGCGGCGGCGGCGGCGGGGCCAGCGCGACGACGAGCACGAGGCCUGAGUGUGUCGCGUCGUAGCGGGGCCGCGGCGUCGCGCGCAGCCCUAGAAUAA